AUGGCGCAAACUCCUUCUGAGAAAAUGAUCCUGGGUGCCCAGAUGUCAAAGGAAUUCCUUGGCGAGGAGCUUUUGUCUAGUCUACGAAAGGAUGCUAGCAAUGACAUCUUCGCCAAAGCGAGUCAAGAGUAUAUCGCUGAAGUUUGCUUCUCGAGCUACGCACGUCCCGGCUUGAAGUUUCGCGAACGAUCAUUAAUGAAUAUUUCCAUGCUCACGGCUUUGAACAGAGGCCCUGAGUUGCGUAUUCAUAUCACUGCAGGACUUCACAAUGGUUUAUCAGAGGAAGAGAUUUGUGAAGCUUGCAGGCAUGCUAUGAUCUAUUGUGGUGUUCCUGCUGGGAGAGAUGCACUUGCGAUUGCGAGUGAGGUUGUCAACUCUCAAAAGAAUAUGUAG